GCCCUGCUGCAGUAGGAGUAGGGACUGUGGCCACCGUGGGGACAGCAUGCUGGUCAGGGGGCUUCCUCUGCGCUCAGUCCUGAUCAAAGGCUGCCAGCCCCUCUUGAGUGCCCCACAGGAGGGGCCAGGGCACACCAGGGUGCCCGCUGGAGAGGGAGCCCGAAUCUCCACUCGUGUGCCUCGCCCUUUCAGUGAGAUCCCCUCCCCUGGUGACAAUGGCUGGCUAAAUCUCUACCAUUUCUGGAGGGAGAAGGGUUCACAGAAUUUACACUAUCACCAAGUCCAGAACUUCCAGAAGUAUGGCCCCAUUUACAGGGAGAAGUUUGGCAACAUGGAGUCGGUUUUUAUCAUCGACCCUGAAGAUGUGGCCCUUCUUUUUAAGUGUGAGGGCUCCACCCCAGAACGAUAUUGCAUCCCUCCCUGGGUUGCCUAUCACCAGCAUUACCAGAGACCCAUCGGAGUCCUGUUCAAGAAGUCAGGAGCCUGGAAGAAAGACCGCCUGGCCCUGAACCAGGAGGUGAUGACUCCAGAUGCCGUGAAGAACUUCAUCCCCCUGCUGGACACAGUAUCCCAGGACUUCGUCAGUGUCCUGCACAGACGCAUCAAGCAGGGUUCUGGAAAGUUCUCAGGCGACAUCAGUGAUGACCUGUUUCGCUUUGCCUUUGAGUCCAUCACCAACGUCAUCUUUGGGGAGCGUUUGGGGCUGUUGGAGGAGAUCGUGGACCCUGAGGCCCAGCAGUUCAUUGAUGCCGUUUACCAGAUGUUCCACACCAGUGUCCCCAUGCUCAUGCUCCCCCCAGACCUGUUCCGCCUGCUCAGGACCAAGACAUGGCGGGACCAUGUGGCCGCCUGGGAUGUGAUUUUCAGUAAAGCUGAGAAAUAUACCCAGAACUUCUACAUGGACCUGAGACAGAAAAGAGACUUCGACAAUUACCCAGGAAUCCUCUACAGCCUCCUGGGAAAUAACAGGCUGCUCUUUGAGGACGUCAAGGCCAACAUUACGGAGAUGUUGGCGGGAGGCGUGGACACGACAUCCAUGACACUGCAGUGGCACCUGUAUGAGAUGGCACGCAGCCUGAGAGUGCAGAAGAUGCUGCGGGAGGAGGUUCUGGCUGCCCGGCACCAGGCCGGGGAGGACACGAGCAGGAUGCUGCAGCUGGUCCCGCUUCUAAAAGCUAGCAUCAAGGAGACACUGAGACUCCACCCCAUCUCCGUGACCCUGCAGAGAUAUCUUGCAAAUGACUUGGUCCUUCGAGAUUACAUGAUUCCUGCCAAGACAUUGGUGCAGGUGGCUGUCUAUGCCAUGGGCCAAGACCCCACCUUCUUCCUCAAUCCGGACAAAUUUGACCCCACCCGUUGGCUGGGGCAAAACAAGGACCUCAUCCACUUCCGGCACCUGGGCUUUGGCUGGGGUAUUCGGCAGUGUGUGGGCCGACGGAUCGCCGAGCUCGAGAUGACCCUCUUCCUCAUCCGUAUUCUGGAGAAUUUCAGAGUUGAAAUCCAACAUCUCAGCGACGUGGGCACAACAUUCAACCUCAUCCUGAUGCCUGACCAGCCCAUCUUCUUUACCUUCCGGCCCUUAACCCAGGACCUGCCCCAGGUGUGACCACGGAGAAUGGUGUGGAAGGAAGGCCCGGGCUUGGGCCGGGCCCAUGGAGGUGUCUGCAUCCUCGGCCCCCGUUCCCCCACUUCUCCUCCUUUCUGCCUCAGCUCAGUGGAGGCACUCCGCUUUUCCCCACCUCUUUCCCCUCUUCUUCCACCCCGUGAAGGCA